UCCACAAAAAUAAACCCUUAAAAAUCCGAAACAACCCUCCAUUUCUAGAAUAAUCUUCCAAAAUAACCUCCCGUAUAAACUUUCUUUAACUCUUUUUAACUUCACUUUCCACCCUCUAAUAUUCCCGUUCCCAUUUUAAUUCUCUUCUAUUUCUCAUCCGCUCCUCUUGCCCCCACUCACUUUCUCUCUCAUCCUCCUGUUUUUGCUCAAUACUUAUAUUCAAGAGUUAAAUAGAAGAAGAAAAUGGGUCAGAUCCAGUACUCUGAGAAGUACUUCGACGAUACCUAUGAAUACAGGCAUGUUGUUCUUCCAGCUGAAGUUGCUAAACUUCUUCCUAAGAAUCGCCUUCUCUCUGAGAAUGAAUGGCGGGCAAUCGGAGUUCAGCAGAGUCGCGGUUGGGUGCAUUACGCGAUCCACCGUCCUGAGCCACACAUAAUGCUGUUCAGGAGGCCACUGAACUUCCAGCAGCAGCAGGAAGCUCAAGCUCAAACCAUCAUGGCUAAGUGAUAAGAAUACGACAUGUCAUUGGGUGUUGUAGAACGUUUCUAUAACUCUAGAAAUGAAGCCUAGUUUUUUUUAUGGUGGACUGUCUUAUCGUAUAAUAUGCUUUUAAACAAAUAGAUGUUGUGAGCUUGUUCAAGCAUCUGGGUUUGCUUUUAAAACAAAUAGAUACAAUUGGUACUCCACUGUAAUUCUGUUGUUUGAAAAUGAUGUGCUGGUUGCUGUUUGCUUUCAA